GCGGCCGCCAUCUUGUUUGUUUGAGUGGCUCAGAGGCAAAAGGGGGGUGGGGGAAUCCGCGGGCGGGCGGUAGCGGCCUCGGCGGUUCUCCGAGGCGCUUGGAGCCCGGUUCCUCAGGCAGCCACGCAGGACUCGAGGUCCUGCAUAGAGUGUUGGCACAAUGUUUUAUGCUCACUUUGUCCUGAGCAAACGAGGGCCGCUAGCUAAAAUAUGGCUGGCGGCCCAUUGGGAUAAAAAACUAACCAAAGCACAUGUGUUUGAAUGCAAUUUGGAAAGUAGCGUAGAGAGCAUCAUCUCACCUAAGGUGAAGAUGGCACUUCGAACUUCAGGACACCUUUUAUUGGGAGUUGUUAGAAUCUAUCACAGGAAAGCUAAAUACCUCCUUGCAGAUUGUAAUGAGGCAUUCAUUAAGAUUAAGAUGGCUUUCCGUCCAGGUGUGGUUGAUUUGCCUGAGGAAAAUAGAGAAGCUGCUUACAACGCUAUCACUUUGCCUGAAGAAUUUCAUGAUUUUGAUCAACCAUUGCCAGAUUUAGAUGAUAUCGAUGUGGCUCAACAAUUCAGUUUGAACCAAAGCAGAGUGGAAGAAAUUACAAUGCGAGAAGAAGUGGGAAACAUCAGCAUACUUCAAGAAAAUGACUUUGGAGACUUUGGCAUGGAUGAUCGUGAAAUGAUGAGAGAAGGUAGUGCUUUUCCAGAUGACAUGUUGGUAAGCUCUAGUACUUCAAACCUUCUGCUGGAGCCAGAGCAGAGCACCAGUCAUCUUAAUGAAAAAUCUAAUCACUUGGAAUAUGAAGACCAGUACAAGGAUGAUUUUGGAGAAGGAAAUGAUGGUGGAAUCCUGGUUGACAAACUUCUCAGCAACACUGAAGAAGGAAUAUUUGAUGACCCACCUGCGCUUUCAGAAGUGGGAGUAAUGUUGCCGGAGCAACCUCCCCAUGAUGAUUUGGAUGAUGAUGAUAAUGCCUCAAUGGGAGGACCAGAUAGCCCAGACUCUGCAGAUCCAGUGGAACCCUUGCCAACCAUGACUGAUCAGACAACACUGGUUCCAAAUGAAGAAGAAGCAUUUGCUUUAGAGCCCAUUGAUAUCACUG